GACAUGGGAGAUAACUUCAUAUAUUCUUUUUGCAUUCGAAAGUGGUGCGAAAACUGAAACAUUCUAAUAUCUAGGGCAUACACAUUAUUAGUAUUUAGUUAUGACAGAAAAGGAAACAUACAUAGAGAGAACAGGCGUAGUAAAAGACGAAGCGACAGGUGAAUUGUUUAUUCCUGCAUCAAGACGUCCGGAUGGUACAUGGAGAAAGCCACGUAAAGUGAAAGAUGGAUAUAUCCCACAAGAUGAAGUCCCAACGUAUGAAAAUAAAGGUGUUCAAUGGAUGAAAAGUAAACCUUCAUUACCACCUGGCCUCAACCCUGGGCAUGUACCUCCUAAAACACAUGUACAGGAAGAAACAUCAGCCAUGUCAAAGUCAGCAAAGAAAAACUUAAAAAGAAAAGAGAAAAAGAAACAAGGCCAAGGACAGAAUAGCCAAGCAGAUCACCUAGCAGAAUCAUUAGCUAAAACAGACAUAAAAACAAAAAAAUCAGAUUUAAUAUCGGUGAAAACAGUUGAGUCUGAAACAAGUGAAAAUGACAAAGCCAGUAUUGAGAAAAAGUUGCGCAAUUUGAAAAAAAAGCUCAAACAAGUUGAAGAUUUAGAAGCCAAGAUAAGCUCUGGUGAUUUGAAAGAACCUGAAAAGGAGCAGUUGGAAAAAAUAGCUAAAAAAACAUCUUUGUUAGCAGAAAUUCAAGAUUUACAAUUAGACUUGAAAGAUUUAUAAUCAGAGUUAAAUGAAAUAAAAAUGAAGUUAUA